CUAUUUCUUAUCAAAGAACUCAAAACGUUGGAAAUUCUUACCAAGUUCAAAAUUUCUCAGGUAAGAGGAAGUGGAACUUUGAUAGACAAAAUAACGGUAAAGGAAAAGGGAAUAAUGCAUCAAAGAAAGAAAAGACGGAGAUAGUAGGAGUUAAUGGUGAUAAGCAUUGUCCUAAGUGCGAUAGACCUCACAAAGGAAAAUGUGUAUUGGGAAAAAAUGUUUGUCGUUUUGGGUAGUUUAGACUUGUUAAAACUCUCAAAAAAUACAAAUUAGAGUUUUACAGGUAACACUGUCGCUCGAGUGAUCGUCCAAUGAAAAGUUAGUGACGGUUUUUUGCUCGAACAAAGGCUUAAGCGACGUCCUUUUUGUUUGUGCCGCUCGAGCAGUGUGUUGGUCAAAAGCAAGCAAAAAUGCUAUGGUCCUUCUUUCCUUGUUUUGAAGUUUAACCUUAACUAAGGGGUCAACGAGCCAAGCCAAACCAGAACUCUUGGCUCGGGUUUUUUCACAUCGAGCCUUUUUUGGCCCGAGCCAAAGAUUUAUGAAUUUGACCCUUUUUGUUCACAUGAUUGCCAAUUACAAUUAAACCUAACAAGUAUGAUUCCCACUUCUUUAGUAUUGUGCUUUUUGAACAAUAUUUUUAUAGAAUUUGAUCAUUUUGAGUUGGCUUACUUUUAACAUCUUUCUCUUUUCUAAUUAAAAUUUUAGGUUUUGUUGUCAUACAAUUUAAAUUACAUCUUCUUGGGGGUAAUAUGCAGUUGAGUAUUCAUUCUCCAUGCGGGAAUUAGAGAGAAGCCUCAAAUCCAUGUGUGAGGAGUUCAUUAUGUUGGUCACUAAGCUGGUUGUGGAUCCUGUGUUGUCUCUUGUCACCAAGGUUUUGUCUUCUAUUUACUAAUGUGGAGAAAACUUGUCUCAGUACUAUUUUUGGCAUUUUGAGAUGUCAUGUAUCAGGUGACUGCUGUCAAAGUUGCAUUGUCUUUGGGAAAUCAGAAUCAGAAGGUAGAGUCUGCUAUUGCAAAGCCACUCAAAGAUCAAGCUUUUGCAACCCCGGAGAAGGUCUCUGAGCUUGUCUUGAAGGUCAGUUCUGCAAUUCAACAAGAGCUGCCAAAUGCAAUGGCGAAAAUGAAGCUUUAUCUGCAAAACCCUCCCACACGUGCGGACAAACAUUGUUGGAGCGCAUAUUCCAGUACAGUCCCUUCUUAAAUCCGAGUAUAUUCAAAAUAUGGUGUCAAUUCAGGAUUUGCAAGCUUAGCCCGAUAACCUUUUGUAAGGGAGUCCAAAUCCUAAUGUUCACGAAAAUAAUAUUUCGAUUUGAAACUCAACAAGUGUACGAUUCGUUAAUAAGUAAUAAAGUGAAUGUUGAGUCCAAGUAUCGUCUCACAGGGAUUGAUUUAGUUCAAUUUUUAUUACCUUGACCUUAGCAGAAACUAAGUUGUCAAACAUGAAUUGUAGUGACUUAAAUUAACCUUAACCUAGC